UGAGCUCAUUUCACCAAGAAUCCCCAGAGAGAGGAAAGUUUUGCUUUGAUUAAAGAAGAAGAAGUAUUAUUCCUCUGUGGGUCAUUUGCUAAGGGAUCAUCUUACAAUCGGACCAGUCCGUCUGAGUCACCAUGACGCUAAAACUUCUCCAUAUAAAUAACUUCAGUUGUGCUCAGAUCUCAGUGGGGAAGGAGAGACUCCGCUCUGCAGCUCGGCUUUUAUCCUGAACUGAAAAAGAAAUGGAACAUCAGGAAAACUUCACAGCAGCGUCUGCACGCCUCUUGCCGCACGCGACGGCCGCCAAAGAAAGCGGCGGAAACGCGCAUCUCUACGUAUUGAUAGUCAUGUCUUUUUACGGAGUGUUUCUCUGCGGAAUCAUGCUGGGAUAUUUCCGCUCCAAGAGGAAGGAGGAAAGGAGGAGUAACAUCUUCACGCGCCUGGUGCACGAGGAGGAGCAGAGGGAGUGGGGCGCCCUGUCUCCGAAGCACAGCCUCACCUUCCCGGGCUCGGGGCUGCGGGCGCUGCACGUUUCAUUGCCGUUUUGCGGUAACCAUGGCAACCACUCUGGGGCCCUACGUCACGAGGCUUUCCUGCCGUCUCCGCUGGCGUGCGCGCUCUGCGCGGAGCAGAGCAGCGUCAGCUCCCUGUGCUCCUCCGCAGACACGCGCGUGACCAUUGAGGAAGAGGAGGCAGACAGAACCUAA